AUGGAACGGCUAAGCUCGCUUGCCGAAGAAUUCAGAUCCUCACUCAAAGAACAUCAUGAAGAACAAUUCGAAAACACCACAAAAGAAGACAUGCAAAGAGAAAUCCAUGACGUUCAAGCCCUACGAGAUGUGACAAAUAAUAUGAUCAACAUGAAUCGAUUGCGAAUGUUCCUCAACGGGAUGGAAGAACUCGAGGAAGUCUUAAUGUUUCUGGAAUUUCCUGGUGCGAGAAGCGCUAUGUCAAACAUUUGGGGCGCAGUCAAGUUCUUACUCAAGACGACGAACACUACUGACAGGGCAUUUGAUGGAGUACUCGAGGUAUACGGGCUUCUAGGAGCUCAAUUGAUGCCCCUGACACGCCACAGAGAGCUGUUCAGGAGAUAUCCAGGUGCCAUCGAAUGCUUAGUCAAUAUUUAUGAUGAUAUUCAAAGCUUUCAUUCCCUGGCUUAUAAGCUCUUCUCCCUCACCGCGAAGCUAUGGCAACGCCUUCAAAAGCCCAUCUGGGAGGAUUCAGCCCGAAUCUUCAAGAGGAUCUCCGAGUCCCUCAACACUACUGCCAAAAUCACCAAAUCACAAAGCAAUCUUGCACAAAAUAUGCAAGGGGAUUAUGCUGAAAUUUCUUCUGCAUUGGAACGAUAUUCCUAUGCCUGGAAACAAGACUGGAGAACCUUCGAGGCCGACGAAAGUAAGCAAAAACACGAGCAGAGGCACGAAGUCAUAACGUGGAUAUCAGCCUCGGGAAAGAUGCCACGGCUACAACAAACGUUCCGAGAAAUGGCCAUCUGCCCGAAGAGUGGCCGUUGGCUCUUCAGAAAGUACAGCGCUGUGUCGGAUUGGAUGGGAGAAGAUGACCCUCCAGAUUCAGCGCUCUGGGUGCAUGAAAAGGUUGGAUACGGAAAGUCGGUCCUGGCAUCGCUUGUGGUCCAGGAACUGCAAGACCCGGAAACACACUUUUCAAUCCCACACGACAGUAAAACCUGCUAUUUCUAUUGUCAAGAAGACGACAACGAACACAGGACGUAUCUAGACGUUCUCAAAGGCAUACUUUUACAGAUGGUCGAGGCUGACGACUACAUUCUCCCACUUUGCAAUCAAGAGAAGAAUACUAGCGGAGGCGCCAACCUUCUUGACCCAGAGGUUGCAAAAAAGCUUAUCAAGACAUUCAUCGAGUACAGUCCCAGACAGUACAUUGUUAUUGACGGACUAGAUGAGUGCGACGGCGCUGAGAUCCAUCAAACAGCCAAAUUCUUCAAAGAUCUAGUUUCUGUUUAUGAUACCCAAGUGCGACUGGGUCAUUUGAGGGUCAUGUUCAUUGGAAGGGAGACGUCAGAUACGAGGAAGUUCAUAUCUGGGGAUGAUUGUGCUGAUGUCCCGCUAAAGCCGGAAGACAACCAUGAAGAUAUUAGAGCAUUUGUGCAGAAACGAAUACCCGAGUUCUCUAGUUCGGAGUAUAGUCAGGGCUUCAGUUUGUCCGAAGCUGAUAAGGAUGACGUCGAGAGGAUUGUUUGCCAUCAGAGUCAAGACUCAUUUCUCUACGCCCACCUCGCUAUAGAGUUCCUCUUACAGCAAGAUACCAAAGGGGACUUGUUGACCCUACUGAGACAAGGCAUUCUUCCUACCGAACUUGGUGCUAUGUACGAGAAGUUACUUGAGGCAGUCAAAAUCAGACUACAGUCCAAACGUGGAGGAGAGGCACAAUGGCAGAGAUCAAAAUCCAUGUUCGGAUGGCUCGUCUGCGCAAAGAGACCACUCAGGUGGCAUGAAAUGCAAGCCAUCCUAUCUUUCGAUGAACGAGAACUCAAGAUCGAUUUCGAAAAUAAGAUGAUGAGACAAGAUGUUGAAAAGUAUCUUGGAUCCAUCAUCCACGUUCUGGAUGGUGAUAAUAUCCGUCUAAUUCACUCAAGUGCAAGACACCACAUCAUUGAGAAUAAGUAUAUCCAAGAGAACCUGGUUCAAUGUCAGCUUGCGACUACAUGUUUACAAUAUCUUACUCUGUCUUGUUUCGGAAACGAUUAUAUGUCAACGAAACGCAGUGAGCAUGCUCAAGGCGGCUGGUUCGCUUUCCAGGACUACGCCUGCUCCCAAUGGCUGUAUCAUAUCGACACAAUCAUCAAAGACUGUAGUGACCUCUUCCUGCAGCCCUGUCAAGUCACAGCAGACUUUGUCUUGGCUUUACAGCACUUUGUCAAAGCCCACCGAUCAGAAAUCGCUACAACCGAACAUGUUGACUUGGAAGAAGACGUCAUUUCCAAGUUUCAAAACUUCCAUUUCUAUGGAGAUCUCCGAUUGCUCUGGAAUCAUAUUUACACCCAUCAGCGCGGUGACUACGCAACACGAAACACGAUUGGUAUUGCUCGGAUUGAAACUGGUCUCAAGGAUAACAGAACUGAACUCGAGAGAUUCCUUCCAGACCAAAGAGUAGGCGAUGAAGAUACUGUGAAGCAAUACUACGGUGGCAACCUUUUCAAAUGUCGUCGGACAUUAUGUCGUUUCUUCUACAUCGGCUACGACAAGAAAACUGCUCGAGACACACACGAGAAGCGCCAUGAGAGACCCUUCCAGUGUCCAAUAUCCUGUAGCUCAGCGCCUCUGGGUUUCGUCAGCAACAAGGACCGCGACAGACAUAUCAACAUCUACCACCCAAGCCUUAGCGAAGGUGGUUCCCACUUUGAAGUUUUGAGUAGAAGACAAGUCCCAGGGAAGUUUACCUGCAAUAUCUGCAGCAAGAGUUUUACGAGAAACAUCAAUCUCAAGAGUCAUGAAAGAAGUCAUUUUGGGGAUAGGCCUUUUGCUUGUUCGACUUGUGGGAGGGCGUUUGCUAGGGUCAAUGAUUGUCGGAGACAUGAGAAGAUUCAUGCGAGGAAAGGCUAUUAA